AUGUUCGGCAACUUGAAUACUUUUUACCCGAACUUGGGAGGCUCAUGCUAUGGUCAUCUUUCUGUCAAUACGAGACAAGAUGCAUUUCCCUGUGGCGGACAAAAGUUGGUUUGGAACUCAAAUGCAAUUGAAACGAUAAUGAUAUUGAAUGCUGCCUUGUGUAAAAUCAAAUAUGAAAAUCAAGAACUUAAGGCGCACAACCGUCACUUGCAGAGAGACAACCAGUGCCUAAAAAGAGAAUUAUUUGAACGAGAAGGACAAUUGCAUACUAUGCAGAUCAGAACGACGGCUUUAGAAGAAGAAAUUAAUUACAUGAAAUUUAAAACAACAAUGACAAAUGCUAAGAACAGUAGCUUUAUAGAGGAAGAAAAUCAAACCAAAAAUCUCAAAAAAUCGAAUUCUCCUAAAGAAACGUGUUCAAGCUUAAACCUACUCUUUAAUUUGGCCGUGCAAUAUGCUCUCGAAGGUAAAUACGAGAUCGCGGUUCCAGUCUGCAAGGAAGCUUUAAAUGCUUUUAAAGAAACCAAUAAUGAAUACCACGUCGAUGCUGCAACUUUACUGAACUUUUUGUCCUUAAUUUGUGCCAAAUAUGGUCUUUACUGUGAAGCUGCGCAGUACUUGGAAAAGGCUCUUCUUAUCAGAACACUUAACUGUGGCUUUACUGACGAAACUGCGAUAAUCACUUUAGGUAACUUGGCUACGCUUUAUGGGAAAUGUCAAUGGUAUCGUAAAGCAGAAGAGAUUAAAAUAAAACUUGUGCGUAUUAAACAACAAAUGCUUGGCGAUAAUCAUUUGGAAUUAGCUGAACAUUUGAUUGAUCUUGCCAUGCUAUGCCAGCAACAAGGUAGAUAUGAAGAAGAACAAGUUUACUAUCAUCGAGCAGUAAACAUUUAUGAAUCUCAAUUGGACGCCAAUGAUAUUCGCGUAAAGCGUGCAAAACUUAAUUUAGCCAAAUGCCUUAUCGAGCAGCUCAAAUUUCAAGAAGCUGCUCUGUUGUAUCGGCAAAUCGAAGGGGUCUUUUAA